CCCCUUCGCCUGCCAGGGUCGUUAGCCGUCCGCCACCGAGGUCCCCCUCAGGUUCUGACCGGUCGGCUCGAGGGAGGACCCAAGGAGGACUGACGCCCGAGUAGGCAGAACCAUGGAGAGUGCCGCGGAGCCUGCACAGUAGCCUUGACUGGUGGGGGCAGUCCAAGAGCAGAGAGCAUGCCACUGCAGCUUCCCCAAGAAUGAUGCUGUAUCAGGAGCCCUCUCCAGUCCAGACUAACCUGACCAGCGCUAGGCACCCAUUGAGCCUGGGCCUGAAGGAUGCGAUGGGCCUGGCAGCCAAUGCAAGCUGCCUGCAGCAGAGCAACAUGCAGCCCCGGGCCUUGGGUCUCCAGCAGAGCAACCUGAGAUUCGGUGACAUCAGCAGCCCUGCCUCCCAGGGAGGCUUUCGGUCCCACAGGCCGACCAGGGCAAACCCCCUUCCCAGAGGACCAAUGACUAGCCCAUGUCCUGGCCUAGGGUGGGCCCAGCUGCAGGCUGCAGACACCCUCUGGUCAGGAUAUAGGCCUGCUGCUGGCUGUGCCCCCCUCUAUGAGUGUCCCAGGCCCGGCUCCAGAUGGAGGUGUGGCCAGCAGAGUGAACCCUCUAGGCUUACUGGGGAACCCCUCACGCUGAAGGACCUGUCUGGCCCUGCUCAGGCUCAGGCCCCAUCACGCACUGCUGUUUCCCAGCUGCUGGCCUCAGUGCAACACCUGGAGCACCAAACAGCCUGUCUCAGGCACCCAGAAACCCUGGAGGUCCCAGGCACUGCACGGAGAGGUGCCCAAAGCUACAGUGGCUGGGGACUCUCUGACCACCCCCAGCCUAGCCAGCCUGCCCUGGCUUCCUGGGAUAAAAGGUGUCCUCAGGGCCCCAAGGACUGCGAACGAUCACCCCCAGCCCUCAGGGCACAUGGCAAGUUAGUGUCACCUGAGGUCACUAUACAAGGGCUCUCUGGGGUUUGCCUUGACUCUGGGCAGGGCUUCCUCUCUGCUCAACGCCUAGAGCCAAGAGAGAGUGGCAGGAGAUGGCAAGAGGGGCCCAAACUAUGUUCCUCAGCCUUCUCUAGGGCAGCCCAGGGAGCCUUACCUGGGCCAGAAGGUGGGGCAGGGGUCCCCCGGGAGCAGGCCAGCAGGGAGAAGGAGAGGCCGGCUUCUGGUCCCUGCUGCCUGCCAGACACAGCCUUGCCGAGGAGAGCACUGCAGAGCAAGACCCCAUGUGCUGCAGUGCCAGAGUCCCAGGCUGCCGGCUGGCAGCUGCUGUGCAGGUGUUUCCAAGCCUGGCGGCAUUUGGCGCAAGAACGAGGGAUGGCGGUGGUGACAUUGGCAGUGGCACUGGGCCGCCGGCAGCUGUUGCAGAAAGGCCUGCGGGCACUACGCUGGGCACUGCAGCUGCGGGAUGCCCAGCUGGAGGCCGCGGGGCAGCGACACAGGAAGGCCCUGCUGGCCCGGAGCUUCCGAGAGUGGAGAAGCCUGGCCCUGCAGCGGCCACGUCCAAGUUGCAUCAGGAGCAGCAGCCACAUGCAGGCGAGGUCAGGCUCAUGCCCGCCUGGAAAAGGCCAGGGCCACGGCCGCUGCCUGGGAGGACAGCCAGCGAUGGAACCCAGCUGGAGAAGCAGCCCAGGGAGCCUGCAGAAGGAGACAGGAGCCUGGCAUACUGUGACGUGCCCUGGGCAGAGACCAGAUGACAGGGGCAGCACAGCCCAGGUCCCUCAGGCUCUGCGACCGCUGACAGUUUUCCUCCUGUGCUGUCAUCAGAAGCAGUGGCCUGUGCAGAAGAGGGCAGUCCCAGGAGAGGCCACACAGAGGACUCCGAGGAACCGGGGGCGCCUCCAGGCCUGGCGUGGUCACUCUCAUGCCGGUGCAGACUCGCCUGGAGGGGCCUCUGUGGACCUCAAGCACCAGAGAGCCUGGCUGUGCAGGUGCUUUGGAGCAUGGCAGAAGUUUGUGCAAAGAGGGGCCCAGCACCGAAGCUGCCUGGCUGACUUCCGGACAGGGACCUUAAGGGUGUGUCUGCAACAGUGGGUCCGGAUGAAGCAGCUCCGGGCCUCGGAUGGUGUGAAGGUGACCCUGCUGUCCCUCCGCCAGCAGGAGGCAGGGAAUACGGCCUUCUGUAUCCCAGCCCCAGGAGCCUCUACUUCCAGGGUCCUAGGGGAGGGGGCUCUGCCCCAGAGGCUGCUCUCUGGGCGAGACCCAGUCUCACUGCAGGAAGCCUGCCGGAGACUGGCCCUCCAGCGGGUACUGCUGCUCUGGAAGACACGGGUGACCCAGCGCCAGCAGGCUGAUUUCUUCUUCCACAGCAUGCAGCAGCGGACAAUGUGUGCCAUCCUCAGGCGCUGGCGCUGGAGGCCAUGGGGUCCAGGCACCCCAAUAUGCAGCCCCCGAACCGCCUCUGCCCUGGAGCCACUGCACAGCAUCCUGGGAGGAAAGGCCUCGCUGGAGAAGGUGAUGGGGCAGGGGUGCAUGGUGAACUGGACGGUGGGUGGAGAGAGCAGGUACAGGGCUUGGACUGAGGGACCCAGGACUGCACAUCACUCUCCCCAGGCCCCCAGCGUCCCUGUCCUCCUGGAGACACUGGUGGGCUUUCUACGGGCAGCUGGGCAGCAGCGGCAGGGGCAGUGCCUUCUGCUGUGGCGGGUGCGGGCCCAGCAGUCUCGGGGUGCAGCAAGGUGGUGCCGACACACCCUUCAGAGGCGUGUCCUCCUUGGCUGGAGCCACUGGGCAGCAGCCCAAAGGGCCAGGAGAGAACAGGCUGCCCGCCAGACCUGUGCACGGAGCUGCAGGGCCGCACUGGGUCUGUGGCGGCGACGGCUAGCGCAGCGGCAAGAGGCCCAACAGCAAGCUGGGGAGCGGGACUCGGUGCUGGCACGAAGGGCCCUAUGCUGUUGGCAUGCCUACUGGCAGAGACAGCAGAAACUGCGUGAGUGGUACCAGAGGCAUGAGCGACACCACCAGCGGAGCCUACGCAGGGUCACGUUCCGGGGCUGGCGGCAGGCGGCCGCUCAGCGGAGAUGCAUGCAGAGCCACUUCCGGGCCUGGUGUGAGGCUGCGCGGGGCACCAGUGUGCUCCAGGCCCAGUGGCGAGCCUUCCGGGAUGGCCUGCAGAGGACGAUGCUGCGGGCUGCCUUUGCCACAUGGCAGGAAGCCUGGGCAGCUGCACUGCACAUGUGCAUCCGGCAUCAGCCUGUGGUGCAGGCCUCCAGGGCCUGCUGGAGAAGCCUUGGGCAGUGGGGCUGGGCAGACAGGCAGCUGCUGGGGACCCAGCCGCAGCACGCCCUUGGAGCGUGGCGACAGGCCCUGGGCCAGUGCUGUGAGACUCAACAGCAGGCGGAAGGGAGAACGGGGGCCCUGCAUUGGAUCCCGUGGGUGUGUGCGCCCCACUCUGUCCACAUCAGCACAAAACCUGAUGCAGCUCAGACGCUGAGCACCCGGGUCCCAAAGGCCCAGGCCCCAUCAGCAGCCCAGCAGCAUGUCCAGCGAGCUGCCGCUACUCCCACCCAGGUCCAGCAAGCUGGGCUUAGGUGCCUGCAGAUCCACUGGGCCCAGUGGCGGACUGCACUGUUCCAAGUGCGGCUGGAGCAGAAGGCCGAGGCGCAGGAAGCUGGUCUCAUGCACCAGCCUGGGAUGUCCAGCAGAGAGAGCCUCCUGUUGCUGCUGGAUGCCCCGGCCCCAUGGAAGCAGACUCACAGCUGCUGGACACCAGCCACAGGACCAACACAUGAGCACAGCCAUGAUGACCAGAGGACACCAGAGGAAACAGCCUGGAUGCAGAGUGGUGCGGGGAGUCCCCCCAGCCCCAGCUUCCAGCUCUGGCUGCAGUGGCCUGGAGGCAGCAGCUGGGCCCCAGGCCUGUCCCUGUGGAUCAGACCUGGCUGGCCCUCCGGCAGCCCUGAGACCAGAGUCCUCCAAAGGAAAGUCUACCCGAGGCGACUCGGCAUCCAGGAGGCGCAGGCCCCGGCCAGCGGCCCAGCCCUCCUCCCUGGUCACGAAGCGGUCCGGUUGUGCUCAGCAGACAGGCAGCAGCACACGAAGCGAGGGAAGCUUGAAGCUCUGCUUAGCCAGCACCAGGCUCUGGCAGGUCAGGUGCCUGGCAGUUGCCUGGCAGCGCUGGAUGGAUACUCGAGGGGCACAGCAGCUGGGACGGACCCUGGGGGACAGAACGCUAUGGGCACAGGUAUUCCUCGGGCCCUGGACAGAGGUGGAAACAAGUAG